AUGUUCCGCAACACGGUGACCAAGGCCGCUCGCCUCGUGGCCCGCCAGCCCGCGCGCCUGACCGCUCUGACGGCGCUGCCCCGCGCAAUGACCUUGCGCCAGCAGGCGCCGGCCAUGGCCUUCCUUGGCCGCCACUUUGCGACCGCGACGCCCGUGGCGUCGACGACGACGCAUGUCAACAAGCCCAAGACGUCGCUCAUGCUCGAAGUUGGCGACAACCCGGGCUCGCUCCAGGACGUGCUCAAGUUCUUCUGGAAGCAUGACAUCAACAUGACGCGCAUCGAGUCGCGCCCGACCAAGGGCUCGUCGCCCGACUAUUCGUUCUUCAUCGACUUUGACGGGCGUCCGGGUGACGACGGCGUCGACGCACUUCUUGACGACCUCAAGCGCCACUGCAAGAGCAUGAUGAUCCUCAACGAGAAGAAGGUGCCGUGGUUCCCGCGCAAGAUUGCGGACUUGGACAUGUCGGUGGCGCAGACGCUGGACGCCGGCGACGAGCUCGAGUGCGACCACCCGGGCUUCAACGACAAGGUGUACCGCGCCCGCCGCGACCAGCUCACGGAAGUCGCGCUCAACUUUCGCCAAGGCCAGGAGAUCCCGCGCAUUGAAUACACGCCGGACGAAAUCAAGACAUGGGGCCUCGUGUACGAGCGCAUGCAAGACCUCUGGGGCAAGUACGCGUGCGACGAGUUCAAGUACAUUCUGCCGCUCCUCGAGACCAACUGCGGGUACGCGGUCGACAACAUUCCCCAGGCCCAAGACAUUUCCAACUUUCUCAAGGAGUGCACGGGCUUCACGCUGCGCCCGGUGACCGGUCUUCUCUCGUCGCGCGACUUUCUGAACGGCCUUGCGUUCCGCGUCUUCUUCUCGACGCAGUACCUCCGCCACCACACGAUGCCGCUCUACACGCCCGAGCCCGACAUUUGCCACGAGCUCAUGGGCCACGCGCCCAUGUUUGCGGACCCGGCGUUCGCCGACUUUUCGCACGAGAUUGGUCUUGCAUCGCUCGGUGCCUCGGACGAGGAGAUUGAGCGCCUCGCGACGUGCUACUGGUUCUCGGUCGAGUUUGGCGUGUGCAUGCAGCACGGCGAGAAGAAGGCGUAUGGCGCCGGCCUCCUCUCGAGCUUUGGCGAGCUCGAGUACUCGUGCUCGCCGAGUCGCCCGGCGGGUGGCGAAGACGUCUUUCCCGAGUACCGCCCGUGGGACCCGUACCAGGCGGCCAAGCAAAAGUACCCGAUCACGACGUACCAGCCCGUGUACUAUGUGGCCGAGAGCCUCACGGACGCCAAGGAGCGCAUGCGCGAGUUCUGCGAGGACAUGAAGAAGCCGUUCCACGCGCGCUACAACCCGUACCAGCAGACCAUCUCGGUCGACCGCGCCGUGCUCUGCGACUCGAAGAACCAAAAGGCGUGCAAGUAG